AACAGGUGGCUAGCAACGGUUGUUGUUGCUAACUAAACACGCUGAUUCAUGAAAUCGGUUUUCGUCAUCCUGACAACUGGUUGUUUAUUGACUCCAAUCGAGCAAAGUUCGUCAACAAUGGCUGAAUCAAGACGUACAACUGCUAAUUUUGCGAAGAAAGCGCUAAUUUCGAAACCGAUUAAAAGUUCAAAUUGCACUAUUGCUGCGGAAAUACUUGCAUUCGACUACUCCUACGGUUACAACUGCAAGCGUCCUUUCAAUCUGUGCAAAAUCGACGACAACGUGCUCGUGUUUGCCUCCGGGAAUCUGAUCCACUUCUUCGAUGUCACCACACAAACCGUGACCACCCGGCGAAGCUCGACGGGAGGUGGAAUCGGCUGCAUCCAAACAAACCCAAAUCCGGAGCUGCGUCAUCUCACGGUGGGUGAGAAUGGCUCCAGUCCGCCCAUCAUCAUCUUUCAGUAUCCGGAGAUGCUUGUGGUGAACAUACUGAAAAAUGGAACCGCGCAGGCGUACAGCCGCGUGGACUACAGCGCCGACGGUGAGCUGCUGGUUUCGCAGGGUUGCGAUCCGGACUAUAUGCUGACGGUGUGGAACUGGCGCAACGGGGAGAUCAUACUGCGCUGCAAAUCAUUCUCGAAUGACGUGAUAAAUGUCAUGUUUUCUCCGACGGUUCCAGGGCACCUAACGUCGUGCGGUCUUGGGCAUAUAAAGUUCUGGAAAAUGGCAGAAACUUUUACCGGGCUGAAACUGCAGGGAGAGUUAGGUCGCUUUGGAAAAACUGAAAUCUCCGAUAUAAUCGGUAUACUUCCGAUGGCAGACGAGAAGGUGCUGUCCGGAUGCCAGUGGGGUAACAUUCUUGUUUGGGAAGCCGGCCUCAUCAAGAUGGAGGUGUGCCGUAAGGGCAGGAAACCGUGCCAUCAAGGUCCCAUUACACAAAUCACCAUCCGAGACGGAGAAGUAAUGACGAGCGGAAUGGAUGGAUUCAUUCGGAUUUGGUUCUGGGAAACGGUCGAGUUGGCCGAUCCUCCGGAUGACGACCGGGUAGUGCAGAUCGAGCCCAUAAUGGAGUUUAAAAUUGGAACCGAAUCGUACAGCAGUGAGCUGAUGUGUUUAAUUAAAAAGGAAGGCGAUUUCAAGUGGUACGCACAGGAUAGCAACGGAGGCAUAUGGCUUUGUGAUAUAACUCCUGCCUAUAAACCGGCUGCUCCUAUACAACUGUUGAAGUGUCAUGCCGGACCAAUCGUUUCCGUUCAAACCAGUCCGACUUCCCAGCACGUGGCCACCCUGGGUGCCGAUGGAAGAUUGUUCAUGUAUGACUAUAUCGAACGGAGAAUGGUAUUCAAUCAUCAGUUUGACUCAAACGGUCGAGCUAUGCAAUGGCUUCCGGUCUCGCUUGAUCCAACUGGGAAGGUUUUGGUUCUAGGCUUCGAAGAUGGUUGCAUAAGAUUUGUCACCGUGAAUUUAGACGGCACCAAUCGCGAGUGCCCAGCAGUAAAUCUCGUUCAAAUUAUGAAAUCCCACUCAAAAGCCGUGACUGUACUGGCGAUUAACACUAGAGAAACCAUUCUCGUUUCGGGAUCGGAAGACAGUUCCAUUUUCGUUCACCAGUUCAUCCGAGAAAACUCCCAUGUAACAAUCGAACCCAUUGGACUGGUGUACACGCCUUCGGAAGUAUACUCCAUCAGCUGGAAACCAAAUUUUCAUACCACUGCCUUUAUUGGAUGUCGUCAUGGACAGGUACUGGAAGUGGAACUUCCCGAAGAACCGGUAACAUACACAGAUAUAUCGUAUCAUUUGAAGAGCGUCGACAUACGACAACUGACUUUCCAAUCAGUCAAAUCGGAAAUUAAAAGAAACAUUCGAAUCGCGGAGCUCGAGGAUCUAAGGCAGAAAAAACGUGCCAGAAAAAUGGAAUCCUUGGAACGGGUACGCAUCGAGAACCCGGGAGUAGAUAUCGAUGAAAACGCUUUUUUGGAGGACUCGGAAGACGAGGAAGAACUGGAGCCACUUUACAUUCCGAAAAUUCCGAACGCUGUUUUGUGGGUUCAAUAUACGGAGGAGAACACUCUCUGGCUGUCGAUGGGAGGAUACGACGCAGGAUUCGUGUACGAGUAUUGUUUCGAUGACGAAGACCCCGUUUCGUGCACAUCAGUUUAUGGAGCUGAAGAUACGGAGAUGAACACCUACAUUUACGAUUCCAACUAUUUCAUCUUCGGAAUGAGCGAUGGUUCUAUUCGGGUGAAUCGGUGCAAGUCUGAUUUCAGAGAUUUGUCUGACUAUUGGACACUCAACAUGCACUACAACCUUGGCGGUAAAGUUACCGGAUUGGCUUUCAGCUACGACUAUCGGUUUCUUUUCAGUGUCGGAACUGAUGGCAAUCUAUUCGCCUAUAAAUGGAACGCUGAUGUGAUCCCUAUCGAACCGGAAAAAACGAAACCAUUAAAAAUAGAUGAACCCUGCGUGGAUGACAUUCUGGACGCAGAGUAUCUCUCCUUGGAGGAACAAAAACUCAAACAGGAAAGCGAUCGGAAGGCAAAAGUACUGAACGACAAGAAAAACGAAAUACUCGCAAACGUGGCAACGUAUAAGAAACAGUUUGAAGCUUUACUCGCUCGCAAUGAGGCAUUGCCGGAAUCACAAAAGAUUCCGAUGGAAGCAUUUUCCCUGGACGAUCGGAUUACCGAAGAUUUGGAACGGGAACUGCAGGCAGAAAUGGAUCUGGUUCGACGAAAAACGGCCUUCGAUGUCGAGAAAGCUCGACUGACGGGGGAAAAAUUGCGGAAUUUUUUUCUCGAUGAGCUGGAAAGCAUCCCAGCGGAGAUUAAAGCUGUUAACGUAACGGCUUCGGUGAAAUCGUUUCGCAUCAACAAACUGAACGACGAGUUCCAUCAGACGGUGGCGGAUCUGGAGCAGCGAAUCAAAGAUGAAGAAGCCCGACGAAGACGUUUCGUGGGAAUGUGUAAAAUACCGGAGAAAAGAAUGGCGAAAACUUCAGAUCAAGCUCCACUUGAGCGUCACGAGGACUCGGAAACAGACAAACGGGAAUCGUUUCUGGAAGGUCUGUCGCAAUCGACCAUAGAUUUCAAGCUGGAAUCAAAGAUGCGACGUUUAUUGGCCAAAUACCGCGAAAGAAAAUCGAAGGAACGCAUGCGGAAACUUGAGUGGGAAGAGUUGAAAGCUAAAAAACCAAAUCCAAACGUCAACCAUCCCGACGAUGACCUCGCCAUCAAAGAAGCCUCGGAAACGAUUGGAGACUACAAGCUCAAAACGGACCUAGACUACGAACCCAAUGAAGAUGAGUUGGAAACGACUAUGACCAAGUACCGCACACUGCUGCGGGUGAGAGAGCAAAUGUUCACUAUUAAACACGAGUACAACAAGCAGGUAUUCGCUCUUCGGGAUAAGAAAACUGAGCUGGUCAAAUAUGUUGAGUGUAAGAAAAGAAAAUUAGCUGAAAUUCAUGAGGAAAUUCCCGAGAAUCAACGCAAAAUGGCUUCCGUAGAAGUGAAAAUAGAUGUUGCCAUGGAGUUUCCCGAACGGGAGUUCGAGCAGAAGGAAGAUUGCGGUUCUGUCGAAAAGACGAGCAAAACAGAAGAAAGUUCUCCCACCAAGGUGGAAACCAUCGAAGACGCGGAUUUUCUACAAAAGUACGCUUUGGGAUUGGUACCUUCACCGAAUGGUGUCCCGUACACGCCGCAGGGAACGGAAUGGGAAAAAGAGCUUCGCGAAAUGCGACUGAUGAAGAAACUAUUUAAACAGGACAAAAUAAUAGCCAAAAUCAAUCAGAGAGUUUCGGAAUUUGACGGAGAAAUAGAAAAAUUAGCAGAACAACGACUGAAAGUUGAAGUGGACGCCAAAUACUUGGAAAUAUAUCAACUGACUCUCUACCAGGAGCUGUGGAUUCUGAAAGAUUUUGAAAAGAUUGAACGCAAAAUGAUAAGCAGCGUCGAAGAUCUGACGCUAGAGAGUAACCACUUGCAGGUAUCGCUCAUCGAAACCAGAAGUCACAUCGAUCAAUCGAAGCUAGAUAUGGAUGAAAUACGACGGAAGCAGAAGUCGGUGUUGAACCGGUUUACUUCUAGCUGCACGGACAAUUCUUUUGCGGUUUUCCUAAAACGAAUUUUCAAGAAAAAAUACAAACCCUGUCGAAUCAACCAAGAGACGGAUGAAACCGAGUCGUCGAGCGAGUAUUCGUCCGAGGACAUUGACGCCCUGGAGAACGCAGUGGAUGGUGAAAUCAGUAAGAUCUUUCUGAACGAACAACCAUGCCCGGUUGGGUGUGAUCCGGAUCUGUACGAAUUGACGCUUAGGUUGAGGAAUGAGAAAAAUGAUCUGGAAAAGCAGUACUACGAUGAGAACAAAACGUUGAACGAGUCGAUUAAAACGAUGGAAACAUUCAAGAUGAAGUUGGCAUUCAUUGAAACGAGGUUGGCUGACAAGAAGAAAGAAUUGUUAAGCUUCAGACGAACCAAACAAACUCGGUUGAACGACAUCAACAGUUUGGUUAUUUUGAAAAUGGAUCAAAUGCAGCACUUUCGAACGGAGUCUGAAUUUUACGACAUCGAGAACAGUCUUCUGUUUAACCAUGAAAAACUUAUGAAACUGUAUUCCCGCGUUGGGCAGCUAGCGAUGGAAACACUUGAGACAAAACGAAAACAUCGAGUAAACGUAGUUCAUUUGGCUCGAAUGCGAACGGACAUCAAAUUUAUGGAGCAGCAGAUUAUUGAACUGAAGGAGCAACUCAACGAGGCAAUGAUUAAAAAGUUUGGAAGAAUCGUCGACUUGGAUGAACUGGAAGAGACGAUUUUGCGAAAAUUUGCAUUCGAAAUUCGUGCAAACAUGGAUGAUGUCAAGAAAGCUUACGCCGAGCGAACGCGAGACCUAAAAAUAAUGUACAGUAAGAAGCAAACGGAAUUGACCAGAGUGAUACAGGAAGGAACAGAAAAACUGCACAUUCUCACGGUCCUACAAGAAGAGCAUAACAAACUUACCAAACUAUUGGCCAAUCAGGAUAAACUGAUGGAGAAAAAAGACCAUGAUCCAAAGGAUUACGAGCCAGAUCUGAUUAAGUUGAAGGAAAUUGCUCGCACACAAAAGGAACAAAUUAAUGCGCUGCAACGGGAGAUUCGAACGCUUAGCGUUAAAUGCAAACCACUCAGUACAGAUGUAGCAGAAAUUGUGGAACCAGUCACGGUCAGCAAAAAGUCUGCUCAGAUUUCGGAUGAUGCCACAUAUCCGAAUGCCAUGGAUUCGGCACCUCCCAGCACCAGGGCUAGUUCCCCGGAUAACUUUUUGUACAACGAAAUUUCUUCGCUGGUGGAUGAUUUUCUGACCGAUCAUCUUGGAACGCUGGUCCAGAAGUCGGAUAUCAAAUGCGUCGUAACUCACUUGUCCCAUUAUCUAACGAAUAUUAUCGCUAAUUUUGCUCCGGAACACGCCAGUGAUUUGUUACCCCACAUAAUAGAAAACUUUAAGUCAUUUAUUCCCGAAGAACUGCUGCUUACCAUUCCACCACAAUCGAUUGCAGAACUUAUCGAAAAUAUAUUCCGUACUUUCAAGGAAGGUUACGACAUCGACACGAAAGAAAUUCUGAACGAAAUUAUCAACAAUAGCUUGGAAAUGGUUCCGCCGGUUUCGCAAAAUUACUCUCAUAACAUUUUGGCCGAUAUUCUCAAACAAGUGGUGUCAACGCUUCACAUUUCGGACAUUGUUCAUCCGGAAACAAUCAACUUUAUAGCCAACGGUCUUCGGAACAAGCCAGGUAUCGACCCGGUAGCAGUGAACGUGAAUCUGCUGACCACUGAAUUGCUCCAGUACUCUUCGGAAAAUUUAGUCGAUGACGUCAAUCGGGACACGAUCCGGCAGAUUAUCAAUGGAAUCCUUCAGCAGAGCUCGAAAUAGACUCAAUUAUCUGUCUCGUAUAUCCAACUUAAUUAAACAAAACAAAAAAGUUCAAUUAACCUGUAAUCUGAACAAAGCUCGGGCAAUAAAACUCAAACUAGGAAACCGGCUCAAUCCCGUUUUCGAUGAACUCGCCAGUAUCAAAAAUCCAUCAAACUGGUUCCGAAAUAUCAUGAUAAUAAUGUUGUUGUCUCAUCGUAAUGUAAAAGCGUACACCCCAACACAACUUUCGCUAAUUCAUGAAACCCACGAACAAAAGUUAACCGGGUAUUGGUGUGAUCGACCCGUCAGGAUAUCGUCCCCUUGUACGUCACUUGACAACCUCGACGAGAAUUGGUAUCACUUUCGCCCAAUUUAGCUCGCACAGGAAGGCAUGCGGUCCAGUUGUGCACAGAGUGUGAUAUCUUGCUGAACACACGAAAAAAAAAAAACAAAGCCCGGCACGUGUAGCGCCGUUAUCUAUCUUGAAAGACUAACCAGUUUGCAAGUUCCCGGGUAGCCACGAUAUACAAGUCCCCAAUCGCGGAACAAACGAUGAGUGAUGGUGUCAUUGAAGCCCACCUGGUCGGAGUGGGACGGAGGAAUUGUUUGUUUAUGUGUCGCUUAUUCAACUGUCUUUGGUUUGCUAUCUGACCGCACAACCGGUUAUCUACUUUAUUUUAUCUAUUAUUAAUAAGACGAAUUGUUUGUUUUAAAUCCACAAUAUAUAUUGAAACUGUC